AUGCAAAUGUACAUCAAGAUGCAAUUUUCACUGCAACCACUCAACUUCAAAAUGAAGUUCUUACUCAUAUUGUUACAAAUAUCAUUAAUUAAUUCAUAUUUAAAUUCAAACGAGACUCGUCAUGGAAUUAAAUAUACACCAAAUAAUUAUAAAAGUUCUAAUUGUACUAAAUAUCGUCGGUGUAUUUUGAACUCUAAUAUAAACACGUUUGGUGAUAAAAUUGUGAAUAUUUUUGAUAAAUCAUCGAGGUAUAAUAAUUUUCGUCACAAGGGCCGUCACCAUGAAGCGAGUUACAUCAAUAGAAACAUAUCGAAGGAUCUUGACUAUGAAGCAAGUAAUUACAAUAGAAACAUAUCGAAUGGUUUGUUGAUUAGCCACGAUGCUCCAGAGUUUCACUGGGAUUUAUAUAAGUCAGUAUACAACAAAGUGUACGAGAGCGCCCGCCACGAGAUGGCAGCACUGGCGAAAUGGCGAAACAAUCUGCGUCGCGUAGCUGAGCAUAACAAGAAAUAUUUGGAGGGAAAAAUAAGCUAUUCCUUGCAUCUGAACCACUUUGGUGAUUUGGGAGCGACGGAUUACUUUAAGAAAAUAUUAAAAUUGUUUGACACAAUACCGCUCUUCGAUCCCGCUGAAGACCAUCAUAGAACCACAUAUAAGAAGGUUGUCCAUCGUAGAACUCCCAGGGAAGUGGACUGGCGCGCCAAGGGUUUUAAGCCUCGUCUUGAGGAGCAGUUCAAAUGUGGUGCAUGCUACGCUUUCGCUGUCGCUCACGCCUUACAAGCCCAAGUGUACAGAAAACAUGGCGACUGGAGAGAACUUAGUCCCCAACAGAUCGUAGAUUGCAGUUACAAGGAUGGCAAUAUGGGUUGCAACGGUGGCUCUCUGAGGGCGGCGCUGCGGUAUGCUGCAAGAGAAGGUCUGGUGCUGGAGAGCCAUUACCCAUAUAAAGGGAAGAAAGGUCGAUGUCACUAUAUAAGGGAGGCACCUCGGGCUAAACCACGCCGCUGGGCGAUGAUACCAGCAGGUGAUGAGGAUGGAAUGGAAAGGGCUCUGGCCACCAUCGGACCAUUGGCAGUUGCUAUCAACGCGUCUCCAUUCACUUUCCAACUUUACAGGAGCGGCAUCUAUGAUGACCCUUUCUGCGUGCCGUGGACCCUGAACCAUGCCAUGUUACUAGUGGGGUACACGCCUGAAUAUUGGAUACUGCUCAACUGGUGGGGUAAACAAUGGGGAGAGAAUGGAUACAUGAGAAUAAGAAGGGGAUUUAACAGAUGCGGCGUCGCAAAUAUGGCUGCUUACGUGGAAUUAUAAUUAGUAUACGG